AUGAGUUCCAUUGAUUCUCUGCUUGCAGGAGAGAGCAAUCCAUCAUCAGUGGCUCCUGCAGGCUGUUCUGCUGAAGGCUCUGAGGAGGCAGACGUGAGAUGUAACCCAAAAGCAGGGCUGUGUGAGCCCUCUGAACCUAAUGAUGCUGUGCUCUCAUGGAUGUAUGAACGUGAUGAUGCAGAAGAUCCCAGCAUCAGGGACUCUCUGGAUGGCUUCUACAAAAUGUAUUGCAGAAAGCAGCCAGAGAGAAAGGAUCCAACCUAUCAGGCUGCCUCACAGUGUCUGUCACAGAAGAUUUCUGAGCUGGAGCAAAAGGGUGGAACAAAAUACAUGUCACGUUGCCUGCAAAUGGCACAGUUGGUCUUGAACAGAGAUGGAUGUAAGAUCUUUCCAAACCACUCCCCUUCUGCUUGCUUUUCAAAGCCAGCUGAGGGAGAAGUCUUGUUGGAAAACAGGAGGAGGGCACCUGGACUCUCAGAUGACGUCCUGCAGUUCCUCUGGAAGCAAACACAGGCAGAACGUAACCCUGAUGGGUCACAUGAGAAGUGA